UCUGCAUUUUACCACUUCUUGUGAAAGAGAUACAGAUACUUCCUGAAUUAAUUGGCAUAUUGUUCGUUCAACACUUAACACGCAAUCCGCGUUCCUCCGAAAAGUGAAAUGGACAGACUGACUAAUUGCACGAUUCAUUUCUCUUUACCCUGCGGUCCAGCGUAGAGCAGCGCCGGGACGAAAGGGGACUGGCGUUGUCCGAAAUGCUUGAACUGUAACAAAACAAAGCGAGGUCCAAGCUGUCUCCAUUUACAGGAAAAGCACGUUCGCAAUUAGCCGCAGGCAGAGAGAGGGAAAGACUUAACGUGAGCUGGGAAAAGGCGAGCGGGCAAGCGGUAUUAGAUAGUCAGAGAUUACUCCCAAGCCGCAGCCUGCCUCCGCUCUGCCCAGUUUCCAGCUGACAGCCCCGAAGCCGUGACGCAAAGAAUCGAUUCCCAGAGAUGCGAAAAGUGGUUUAGAUCUCUGGCUGGUUCCUAAACAAGGACUCCCACCCAGACUGCGAGUGAGAAGGGGGAGGAGAGAGAGAGAGAAAGAGAGAAAGAGAGAAAGAGAGAGGCUGCAGUCGCUGAUCGCUACUGCAAUUUCGGGAGAAACUACCACAGGAAGGAAGCUGAAGAGAAAUCUUUCUAAAUGUAUAACAAAUCCAAGGGAUCCGGUGGAACUAGCGAGCCGAGGAUGGUGUCUUUAGGAGCGGGCUACUCCGGCGCCCUAUGGGUGUUUCUUGUACUCUUACUGUUAGGGACCCAAGCCCAGGUGCAAGAUGUUGGUCUUCGGGAAGGGCCUGUCACCCCCGCCUCAACCCAUCCGUCAGAGCUCGGUCAAACAGCUCAGGACAUUGAGGAGCAUCAAGCAAAGCAAGAUCCCACAGAGCCUCCAAGUGAUGACCGCCCUGAGCCCAGCCUCCUGGAGGCGGUCUUGCAGAAGAAAGAUCUGCUGCGCCGGGAGUUUCUGCUCCUGCCUUCUGCCAUUCCUGGCGGACUUACGAUGCAGCCUCUCCCGCAGAGGCAGCAGCUUCCUUCUGCGAGGCAGGUGGAGGUGCUCCGCAAGCACCUGAGCACCAGAGGCAUGUCGGCAGGAGUUCUUGGUACCGAGCCGGGAACCCCGCCUCCGUCGUCACCGAGGGUUCUCCCUCCAGACCCCACCCUUCGUUCCUCUCCCGCAGCCCCUCAGGUGGUGAAAGGGAGGCUGGGUAGCGGGGGAGAUCUGUUGACCGUCGACGAGGGAGUUCACCGCACCGCGUUGGCAGGGCCAACAUCACCGCCCAGUCCUGGUGAUCGCCAGGCGACGAGGGAGCCAUCUGCCCACCUUGCACCCUACACCAUGGAUCCAACCAAUUUGAUCAGCUCACAGCCCAGGCCCCAGACACACUCUGGCCCCAGCAAAGACGUCCCACCAGAAGGCUUGGACACCCCCUUUGCCGACCGACAGACAGCGCCCCUAGCCGCGGUUCAUCCUGGGAAGAUCUCCGAAGUGGGUGGGAUGGAGAUGACGACGCAAGGAGGCAUAGACACAAGCACCACGACCAUCGUAACAACAACUGUGACCACUUCCCUGCCAACCACAGUUCCGUGCAGCAUAACCUUCUCGGGCUCUGAAGGAUAUAUCGACUCCACUGACUACCUUCCGCUGUCUGCCUAUGGCUCCCUGCAGUGUACCUUUAACGUGACUGUCUUCAUGGGAUACGGCGUGGAACUCCAGGUGAAGACCCUGAACCUCUCUGAAGGAGAGCAGCUCUCCAUUCGUGGACUGGAAGAGGACAGCUGGAUAGUUCUGGCCAACCAGGUGCUGCUAGUUGAAGGGCAGGUCAUUCGAAGCCCAACCAAUACCAUUUCAGUGUACUUUCGCUCAUUCCAGUAUGGAGGCAUCGGAUCAUUUCGACUCCAUUAUCAGAUUUUCAUGCUGAGUUGCAACUUUCCCAGGAGACCUGACUAUGGGGAUGUGUCCGUUUUGGACUUGCAUGCCGACGGCACUGCACACUUCCGUUGCAACCCUGGAUACCAACUGCAGGGGCUGCAAACACUGACCUGCAUGAAUGCAUCACAGCCACACUGGAACACCAAGGAGCCAAGCUGUCUAGCCCUCUGUGGUGGAACAAUAUCAAAUGCUACCCUUGGAAGAGUCCUGUCUCCCAAUUAUCCAGCAAACUACAGCAACAACUUAACCUGCACUUGGAUAAUCGAAGGCACUAAAGGACAGAAGUUCCAUAUGCACUUUGAAAAGGUCUCCCUUGCUGGAAAAGGAGACAGACUCAUCAUCAGCAGUGGACACAGUGCCUCCUCGGCAGUGUUAUAUGAUUCCUUAAGGAAUGAAUACUUCCCACUCGAAGGGUUGAUUAGCAAUGGGCACCUUGUCCAGAUUGAGUUCACCUCUGAUGAAACUGCGACAGCAGGAGGGUUCAACAUUCGAUAUGAAGCCUUUGAGCGUGGACACUGCUUCGAGCCGUACAUGCAGAACGGGAACUUCACAACAACCAAUCCUUCGUACAAUGUAGGGGCAGUGGUGGAAUUCACCUGUGAUCCAGGAUACACUAUGGAACACGGAUCACCCAUCAUUGAGUGCAUUGACAUCAGGGAACCCUACUGGAAUGGAACUGAACCACUCUGUAGAGCACUGUGCGGUGGAGAACUGAACACCCAGGCAGGAGUCAUUCUCUCACCAAACUGGCCAGAACCGUACGAUGAAGGGGAAGACUGCAUCUGGAGGAUUCACGUUGGCGAGGACAAGCGUGUAUUGCUUGAUGUUCAACUCCUGAACCUCACUAACAGCGACAUAUUAUCCCUGUAUGAUGGAGACGACUUAACCAUGAGGAUCCUCGGUCAAUUCGUCGGAACCAAUGCCCCACUAAAGGUUUACUCCACCACUUCCGACCUCACUGUCCGAUUCCAUUCUGAUCCAGCCGGCUUGAUUUUUGGGAAGGGCCAAGGAUUUAUCAUGAACUAUUAUGAGGUCUCUCGGAAUGAUACCUGCUCAGACCUUCCCGAGAUUCCCAAUGGCUGGAAAACCACUUCCCACAGAGAAAUGGUCCGAGGAACCAUGAUAACCUAUCAGUGUGACCCAGGAUAUGACAUCCUAGGAAGCGACACCCUCACUUGCCAGUGGGAUCUCACUUGGAGCAGUGAUCCUCCAUUCUGUGAGAAAAUAAUGUACUGCACAGACCCUGGGGACGUGAAACACGCCAGUCGCACAAUUUCAGACACUAAGUUGCUGGUGGGGUCCACAAUACAGUUCAGCUGCGACCCAGGUUUUAUACUGGAUGGAAAUGCACUGGUGACCUGCUACAGCCGUGAGACUGGCACCCCAUUAUGGACAUCGAAACUACCACACUGCGCACCUGAAGAGUCGGUAGCCUGUGAAAACCCUGGACUACCAGAAAAUGGUUACCAGAUUCUAUAUAAGCGGCUGUAUCUGCCAGGAGAGACGCUGACCUUCAUGUGUUAUGAAGGGUUUGAGCUGGUUGGAGAGGUGACCAUCAGAUGCAUCAUUGCUCAUCCAUCCCACUGGAGUGGGCCACUGCCUUUGUGUAAAGCCGCUCAGUACGGCUUCGAACACUCAUUGGAAGCAGCAGAGGCAGCUGCGGAGAGACCAAUGGAUGGUGGAAACAUGGCUCUGGCAAUAUUCAUCCCCAUCCUCAUCAUCUCCAUACUGCUGGGAAGCGCCUACAUUUACGUCACCAGGUGCAGAUAUCACUCGAACCUGCGCCUGCCUCUGAUGUCCUCUCAUCCAUACAGCCAAAUUACGGUGGAAACAGCCUUCGACAAUCCCAUCUAUGAGACAGGAGACACUAGAGAAUAUGAAGUUUCCAUAUGAACAAAGACAGGGGAGAGGCAGGAUAAUGAGAUUCCAGAAAACUGCCAGAACCUUGCCAGUACCGAACCCAGAGAAUGACACUUCUCCACGCUUUCCAAUCCAGAGUAGCAAUCACUGAUCUCCUAGACCUGGAUGCCCCCCUACGUGUAAUGUACCCAGCUGUGUUCCCCUGUAAAUAAGCCUUGCAUCUCGGCGUGGGACAAGCUCCUCAAAUUUUCCCGAUGUUAUUCAGAAGCAAAACUGAGUAGUUAAAGGAGACCAAAAUGUUUGAAAAAAAAUACAUGUACAGCAAUUUAUUUUUGGACAAAGCAAUUCCCCAAUGUCCAAAUUAAAUUUCUAGAAAUUCAUGCCUAUUUGGUUGCACUAACCACACUAUACAAAUAGUAUCGACACAUUAUACUCUGCCACUGAAAUUCAUUACAUUGACUUCAAUUUUGGAAGCACAGUACAACAUGUUGCCACUACUAUAUAGCAAGGUUUGUGCUACCAAAUGGGCACAGGCAUUGUGUAAAAUUGUUUCAUGUGGCUCCUGUAGCUUUCCUCUGUUCCGGAGAAGUUCUAUUGAUUUUAAUAGCAAUCGUUGGGAUCGAGACGGGGAUUGGGUGGGGUGUCUAUUCAAACCAGCCUUUGGAAGAUAAUAUUAUCCUCCAGGCAUGGUACCCACAUGGAAGCAGCACUUGAUGUCACAAGAGUGGUUUGGAAUGGAGAUGAUCCAAAAUGAUGGUUGACCAUUACAUGGGAAAUGAGGAAGUUUUACUUCAUUUAUUUCAAAACAGUAGCCCCAAUGAAUAUUUUGAUAACCUAUUCUGACACAGACAUUGGUUCAUCACCUUGAAUGCAAAAUACCCCUCUCCUUUAAAGUUCAAUUUAGAUAGCCAUCUAUUUGACUUUGUUGAGUUAAUUGUUAAAUCUGAGAUUGACAGCAUUUUGUAAACCAAAGGCAUUGAGAGACAAGGAGGAAAGGCUGGUGUAUAGAGUUAGGUCACUGAUCACCCAUGAUCAGAUUAAGUGAUGGGACAGACUUGAGGGGCUGAUUGACCUAUGUCUGUCCCUACAUUUCUACAUGGUCCUUAUAAUGGGAAAAUUGCUUGACAAAUAUUUUCCAAAUGUCUCCUUUAUGCCUAACUGUACACCAUCUGUGUACGUACUUUCCCUGUAUAUAUAUAUAUUAUGUAUAUACAGGCACAUACAUGUGUAUACAUGCAUGUACUGUAUGUCUGUGUAUAUUCAUUAAUUGAAAAACAUCUGAUGUGAUGUGAUGUACAUCUGUGCAUGUAUAUUCUUGCUGUACAUCCACAGAAUUAAUACAUGCCCUUGGUAACAUAGAUUUUGUUGGUAUCUCUGUUUUCAUAUAUGCUCCAAAUAUAAGCAAAGCACAUAACACCAGCACGUGUGGAUAGGGAAGGAUUUUUUGAACUUGCCUCUUUGCUACUUGCUAUUGAACAUUUUUAUUCUGCUGAUAAAGUUACACCAUGGAGAAUUCUGCGCUGAUUAAACAUUGCUGUGGUCAGUUACAAAAUAUAUUGAUAGUUCUCCCCCUGCCCUUGUAAUGUGAAGUGCCAUUGGUGUUAAAACAACACAGUUUGACUCACUCUGUUGAGGAACAAGUUCAUGCUGUGAGGAGCUGCCCUGCAGUUCAGAAGGAUUUGGUUUGGAUCCCAGGUCCAAGCUGAGCUGGGAGCAGGCAUGAGUUGGGGUCUCAAGGCUGCCCCCUGAGCUGGGAACUUGGUAUAGUAUCAGCCCCGAUUCUCACUUCCAGUCAGCGUCCAUAAACACGGGCAGCUGAGGACUGGAACAAGUUCAGCUGUGUUGGUCAACCUGAAUAAUGAUUCAUCCUGUUGAAUACUAUGUCCAGACUUACCUGUGAAAAUGGAGCACUGGAUGUUAUACCCUAAAGGUUAACCACCAGGUUGGAUUGGCAGUAAGGAAAGCGAAUGCUAUGUUGGCAUUCAUUUCAAGAGGAAUAGCAUAUAAAACUAAGAAGGUGUUGAUGAGGCUCUAUGGGGCACUGGUGAGACCUCAUUUGGAAUACUGUGUGCAGUUUUGUGUCCCUUAUCUUAGAAAGGAUGUACUGAUGUUGAAGAGGGUUCAGAGAAGAUUUACGAGGAUGAUUCCCGGAAUGCAAGGGCUUACAUAUGAGGAGCAUUUGUCGGCUCUUGGUCUGUAUUCAUUGGAGUAUAGAAGAAUGAGAGGGGACCUCAUAGAAACAUUUCGAAUGUUGAAGGGACUGGACAGAGUAGAUGUGGCUAAGUUGUUUCCCUUGGUGGGUGAGUCCAGAACAAGAGGGCACAGUUUUAGAAUUAGAGGGUACCGGUUUAAAACAGAGAUGAGGAGAAAUUUCUUUAGCCAGAGGGUCGUGGAUUUAUGGAAUUUGUUGCCACAUACAGCUGUGGAGACCCGAUCAUUGAGGGUGUUUUAGGAGGAAAUUGAUAGGUAGUCAGGGUAUCAAGGGAUAUGGGGAAAAGGCCGGGAAUUGGGGCUAGAUGGGAGAAUAGUUUAGCUCAUGGUGAAGUGGUGGAGCAGACUCAAUGGGCUGAAUGGCCUACUUCUGCUCCUUUGCCUUGUGAGCUUGUGUACCAUGGCACUACAGGUUCCUCGAGAAAUGUAUGGCUAAAGGGAGACUCAAAGAAAACUGCUUGGAAAGGUGGUUUAACCUUCCACAACAGAAGGCAUGGAAAAAAAUACAGUGAUCGAUAUUUUUAAAAUAAUUCUCUGUACUCCUCACUCUACAAGGACCACCUGGUAUUGGUUCAGCAAGGUUCUAACUACAACUUAAUAUUAUCAACUUACUGUCUGCUUAUGAGCAAAUAUCUUACCUGCAGU